AUGGGCGAGAAGCCCCCGCAGCAGCAGUGCCCUGCGAGCAAAGACGCUGCCGACGCUCUCGGGCGAUCUGCAGAAGCACACGCACUAAAUGCACCCCCUUCAGCUGUAGCCCCGCAUCCCAGUGAAGAGACGAGGAGGGCUUGGGAAGCGGAACAGCUCCGCGUUGGGCUGCUGGCAGAUGUACCGCGCACAGAGUACUACUACUGCCGCCACCUCAGCAACCACGGCAACAGUACGGUACAGUUGCAUGCGCCACACAACGAGGGUGCAGCGCCGGGUGGGGUUUUCGUGCACCAACGCUUCGCAUUGCCGAAUUUCGAGGCUAGCUUGUUGGCACGCCCGCAGGCAUGCGCGACGGACAACAGUGCAGCGCACGACGCCGACUCGACGUUAUGCGUCCCAUCAAGCUUCAGCUCCCCCUGGGAAGCCCUGUGGUGUCAGCUCCGCUUCGACAAGGCUCGGCAAAGCGCGGCCGCCGUCGUGCAGCCGCUGCCGACCCUCACGCUCGUUGGUGGUGUGGACAUCUCUUUCAUCCCCGACUCGGACGACGGUGUCGCCUGCCUCGCUAUCUUGCGCUAUCCGUCCAUGGAGCAGGUCAGGGCGUACAUGCACCGGUGCACGCUGCGGGAGCCAUACAUGUCCGGCUUUCUUUCCUUCCGCGAGAUUCAACCAUUUUGCGAGCUCUUCGACUCUGUGCGAGUAGAGCUGCUGGCGACGCAGACGAUGCCGCAGCUGCUUAUCGUGGAUGGAAACGGGGUGCAACAUCCCCGCCGGUGCGGGCUGGCAACGCACCUCGGUGUUGCGCUCGACAUACCGACGAUUGGGUGCUCAAAGAAGAUGCUGCAGGUGGAUGGGCUGACGCGGGAGGCAGUAGAGGCAGCGCUGGAGACGUUAGGCGAGGCAGCAUCGAGCAGCCCAUCCCUUCCUCGUCUUCUGCCCCUGCUUGGCACGUCUUCGCCGACGCAGCUCUACGGCUACGUCGUGCACGGGCACCUGAACAGCGUUAAAAAGUGCAUCUAUGUCUCUCCAGGCCACUGCGUUGGCUUUGCCGUUGCCACUGCACUGGUAGUAACGAUGCUUCGUCACCGCAUCCCAGAGCCGAUCCGCGCCGCCGACCUCGGCUCCAGGGCUUACAUCAGAGACGCACUCUCGUCGGCGGCCACUACCAGCUCGCACCCAACCUAG